CUGCGUCACUAGAUACGAUCGCCGAAAAUGUACCGAACGGCGGCGAAGCGGUUGUUUCCGGCGUUGCGCCGAUGCAACGAUCAGCUGAAAAUCUCUCCCGUUCCAGUUCUCGUAGAGCCCCAACCGCCGCGGUUUUUCAACUCUGCUGCAUCUGAGACCAUUUCGAAUCAAAAGCCUACACUCUCGGGCUCCGCACCGCCGUCUUCGGCGUCAUCAUCGAGGAGCCAGGAAGAGAGGGAUCGCCGCCGCGAAAAGGAGGAGAAGCCGGAUUCCGGAACGACUAAAACCAGGCAUAGAGCUCACUACCAGGACGAGCAGGCCCGUGUUCUGAGCGCCUCUCUCCCCCAUGUGAUAAAAUUGGGAUGGACUGAAGCAGCCAUGAUUGCAGGUGCAAGGGAGGUUGGGCUGUCUCCUUCAAUUGUUGGAUCUUUUCCUAGGAAAGAAGCUGCUCUGGUGGAGUUUUUUAUGGAUGAGUGUUUGGAAAGACUAAUUGAUAUUAUUGAAUCAAGACUGGAUUUAAAAACCAUGAUACCAAGUGAGCGUGUUGCAGCACUUGUCAGAAUUCGCUUAGAAUUGCAAGCUCCUUAUAUCUCAAUAUGGGCUCAGGCACUGAGUGUACAGGCACAACCAGCAAACAUUCCAACAAGCUUCAAACAGAGAGCAAUGUUGGUUGAUGAGAUUUGGCAUGCAGCUGGUGAUGAUGCAAGCAAUAUUGAUUGGUAUGUGAAGCGCACAGUGCUUGGCGGAAUAUACUCUACUACUGAGCUUUACAUGCUGACUGAUCACUCUCCAGAUUUUCAUGAUACAUGGGCAUUCUUGAAUGAUCGAAUAAAGGAUGCUUUUGACCUGAGGAAGACUGCACAGGAGGCAAAAUAUUUGGCAGAAGCAGUUGGUGCAGGAAUGGGUGGGUCAUUACAAGGACUUAUUAAGAGUGUUUUCCGAGGUUGAAUAGCUUUUGCAAUUCAACUUAAAAACGAUUUUGCAGUCAAUAAAAUGUAGGGAGGAUCAAAAUAGAUGUUGUAUCUCUGUACUAGGCAGAAAUUCAUUUGUUACCCAGAUUGCUGGUUAAUAAUCAAGUUCCUGAUGGGUUUAGUGCCCAGAAAAUUUUGCU